CCAAGAUCCGGCGGUGAUAACAUCUCAGCCGUCCAUCGGACUCCUCUCCGCCACUCUUAUUCCGCCCGGUGGAAUUGUGCAAUUAACUGCUUUUAAAAUCCGUGUUUCAAGUCCGAGAACUCACAAGUACCUUCACUCUCUCCACGCUCGGACCCCAAAAGUUGCCCCCUUUUCUUAUCGGCACAGAAAUUGAACUCAAUUUCUCUCUAAAAACCUUCAAUUCAGCUCUAAUUUCUUUAUGGGGGAGGAAGAUUCGACCACUGAAGUUGCGGAGGCAGUGGCGGCGAAUGGGACUGUCUCUUCUGAUAAAGCUGCCAAAGACGUGAGCGAGAAUAAAGAGGGGGAAAAGGAGCAAGUUGAAGAGAUGGAUGAAGAUAGAAAGGAUGAUGAGAAUGGUAAAAAAACAAAAGAAGUUGAGGUUGAUAAGGAAGAUGCUGAGGUAAGCAAAGAUGAUAAAGAAGGAGAAGAGAAGGAGGUAAACGAUGACAAGGAAGGAGGGGAAGAGAAAGAAACCGAAGAACCCAAGAGUGAGGCAAUGGAAGUUGACAACAAGGCAAGUGCAGACGAGGAGACCGAGAAGGAGAAUGCAGAAGUUGCUGAUAUGAAAGAGGAAGAGGAGAAUCAGGAAGAGAUUGAAGAGGAAGAGGAGAACCAGGAAGAGAUUGAAGAGGAAAAGGAGAAUCAGGAAGAGAUUAAAGAGAAGGGGUCAAAAAAGAGUGCAAGAAAGAAGGACGGUGUAGAUAGCAGCAAUAACAAGAAGAAGGCAUCAGUAGAGAAAAAACGGAAGGAAAGUAAGAAGGAACCUACUACUCCUGCUCCUCCUACAAUUGAGCGGCCCGUACGGGAGCGGAAAUCUGUAGAGCGGUUGGUAGCAGUUAUUGACAAAGAUACCAUCAAGGAAUUCCAUAUUGGGAAGGGCCGUGGUACAGCACUGAAAGACAUUCCAAAUGUUGCAUACAAGUUAUCAAAGAGGAAGGCGACUGAUGACACUCUGAAACUGCUCCAUACCAUUUUAUUUGGAAGGAGAGGAAAGGCUUUGCAGAUCAAGAGUAAUAUAUUGAGGUUUUCUGGCUUUGUCUGGCAUGAUAAUGAGGAAAAACAAAAACUGAAAGUGAAAGAAAAGCUUGAUAAGUCUAAUAAAGAGAAGCUUUUGGAGUUCUGCGAUUUGCUUGACAUGCCAGUAAGCAGAGCUACCGCAAAGAAGGAAGAUAUAGUCAUAAAGCUGAUAGAUUUUAUGUUGGUUCCUCAUGCCACAACUAGUGAGUUGCUCGCUGAGAAAGAACAGUCGAGCAAAGGCAAAAAACGCAAGAGGCCGAGCAAGAAAGGCUCACCGACCUCUGGGGCUACACCUUCAAAAAGCUCGUCUAAGAAGCAGAAAAGUAAAUCCCCAUCUGAAGAGGAUAACAAGAAGAGUCCACCUGAAACAGAAGAUUCAGAGGAAGAGCACGAAGAGGAAGAUGAUGAGGAAGGAGAACCUCAAAAUGUGAACGGUGCUCCAGAAAAGUCUGACGAUACUGCAAGUGAAGAACAAGUGUCUGAACCUGAUCCCGAGUCUGAAGAAGACAGUAAGAAGCGGAAACGAGGUUCAAAAAAAUCAUCUUCGAAAAAGGAACCUGCUGUGAAACCUAAACCAAAGAAAGUAGUUACACCAAAAAAGACUUCUAGUUCCCCUCAAAAGAAGACACCACCAGCCAAAUCAUCUACAAGUGGUUCGAAAGAUAAGGACCAAACUGAACCUGUUCCGAAGACUUUCUCAAGAAAGAAGAAGAAAGAUGCAGUUGACGAGAAGCCUGUAACUCCAAAGAAACCUGCUUCCAAAGAGAAAACUGGGAAAAAGACCGUGAAAGAGAAAGAGAAACCCAAAUCAGAAAAGCAGAAGCUAAGUGACGAUGACCUCAGAGCCGCAAUAUGUGAGAUCCUUAAAGAAGUAGACUUCAAUACGGCAACCUUUACCGAUAUUCUCAAGCAGCUUGCCAAGCGAUUCAGUACAGAUCUGACGUCAAGAAAGGCGUCGAUUAAGUUCAUGAUCCAGGACGAGCUGACAAAACUAGCGGAUGAAGCAGACGAGGAGGAUGAAGAGGAACCUGGAAAAGCAGCAGCAUCUGGGAAAGGGGUGGAGGCAUGAUUGGGUUGGGGUUUUGUUUAGUUUUGUUUGUUGGUUUUUGGUGUAAGCAUAAGAUUUAAGGAUGUAAGUUAAUGUUAGCUUAAUUGCAGUAGUAGAAGUAGUAGAAGAAGAAGAAGAGUAGAAGUGCAGUGGUAUUGCUGCUUGUUAUGCAUAAUACAUGACAUGAAUAUAAAUUAUAGGGGAAUUUGUCUGUCUGUCUGUUGUUUUCAUGGAUCUUAUAAUUUGACCCAUUUCUAUAUUUUAGACUCAC